UUUAUUGUUCCAUGGAUUAAACAAAGUAAGCAAUGAAAAUAAGCUCAAUAUUAAUUUCUUUUUCGAUUUUUCUGGCCUUACCAAAAUGCUGCUGGUUUAAUCGAGGCGUUAUCUCCGAUCUUGAUGAUGAGUCAUUCGAAAUGUUAAUUGCCGGCGGGUAUCAGGCAGAUUAUGCUGUUUUAGGACGACAUGUAGUAUCGAUACGUACUAUCGAUAAGAUUCGCUAUAAUGGUGAUAAUCACUUUUGUACAGGUAUGGUCAUUAGUCGUCGCGCAAUAUUAACAGCGGCGCACUGUCUUACUGACAAAUACAAGUCCGUCAUGAAUCCUCGUGGUGUAUUGGUUGUAUUUGGUAGUAGUCGCCGCCUUGAUAAUUUCAGUAACGAUGAGUCCCGUCGAUGUGAUCGAAUUAUUAUACAUCCUAACUACAAGCGUUACAUGACAAAUGAUUUAGCUAUAAUUCUUUUAACCGAACUUAUUCCCCAUAACUUAGGAAACGUGAGGCCAAUCCAGCGUCGGACAUUCAUGAAUAUUACCGAAGGCCUACGCUGUAUCACCAUGGGAUGGGGUCAGGUAUAUAGUCACGGUCCCUACUCCAAUGAGAUACUAUUCUUAAGUGUUCUCAUAGCUAGACAUGAGCACUGUGAAAUGUUUAUAAAACACUAUCACCGCGAGGGUAACCUAUGCGUUGAGCCUGUGGCGGAGGGUGAAGUUUGUCCUGGUGAUCUUGGCGGUCCACUGAUGUGUAAAGAUACUCUCGCUGGUGUUAUAGGUGGCAUCCAAGUGUGUGAAGGUGUUCAGGCCAUUAAAUUUGUAAAUUUUUCGCAUUAUAAGGACUGGGUGUACAAAACGAUUACAGGUAUAGGAGAUGGUACGCAUUCUAUACAACUUGGACAAAUGUGGCUUCUCUUGAUAUAUUUUCAACUCUUCAUUGGCUUAGUUUCUUGAAAUUAAAAAAAAUCUGUCGAAUAUCCAUUCUCAUAAA